UCGACUCAAGCAGGGGGCGGGAGGGUGUGAGAGAUGUGGGGCGCAGGAUCGGUGGCCCUGGGCCCCUGCUGCGUCAGGCUGGUGGAUCUGGUCCCGGUUCCACCCCCCAGAUUAUCUCCCUAGGUGUGUUUGUUUACUCGUCCCUCCCUGCCUCGCUCAGAUGCUCCAGCUCUCGGGAUCUCUCGGGGUGCAGAUCCCAUUCUUCCAGACGCCUGAGUCCUGGGGCCAGUCAUGGGCACCGCCAGCAUCUUCCUGGGCCUCCUCUUCCUCUGUGGGGCGCUGGGUCUCACCACACCCCCGCCCCCUACCUGGGGUCGGCUCGGGCUCCACUGUUACACCUGCAGCUUUGCCAAACCCUGCUACCCUGUUCCCACCGAGUGUCAGGAAGAUGAAGCUUGUGGCAUCAGUAUUGGCACCUCAGAGCAGAAUGAGAUCAUUGAACGGAAAGGCUGCCUCCCAAGGGCCCAGUGCCCUCUGCAAGGCCACGCUACCUACUGGUCGCGCUCCUACACUCUGCGACACCACUGCUGUGAGCAGGACCUGUGCAACACAGCCACCACGCUGCAGCGGCUCCCCAAAACCCUCCUCACUACCCUGCUCCUCCUCGCCACCAGCUUCACCUGGGGAGGCGGCCUCCUCCACUAGCUUCAAGCCUAACUGCAGCCUUCAAUGGAGAACUCUGGCCCCAUCAUCACCACCCAUGGAGACACUUGCAUCUGAGAACCAAGAACCUGAUUCUGUAGAGACCUCAGAUCCCUGGCCUAACACCUUCCCAGACACCCUCCGGACGCCUGGUUCCUGCGGGCACUGCUCUAAGCCCCUGUAGGCACCUGCCCAGAGUUCUGCCUCAUAAAGAACAGCUGUUCUAGGUCUUUUAUCUUUUCUAGAUGCCCACUGCUGAUGCCCUAUCUCAGCUCCAGGUCUUGGGCAAGGCGGGUGUGUUGAUGGAGCUGGGGUUUCAGGCAAGGGGAUUGAUGGGGCACCAGAUAUGGUAAGGAACGAUUACUAGGAACGAUUGAUUUGGCAGAUCAGGAACUUGGGAAGGAGGUUCUUGGGGGAACUGUGAACAAUAAACUAUGAACAGUAAAAAGGUGA